CAUCAAUGACAUAAUAACAGUACCAUUUUAAUAAGCGGUGGGGUUGUUGAUCGCAUAGAAGAAGUGGAUGUGUGUGGAGGAUCUAUCGGAUGGAUUGUUUCAAAUACAUGGGUUUGGUACUCAUCUGUUAAAAAUUGAGGAAGAGUAUACAGAGUGUUUGCUGGAGAAUAAGUUCCAUGAGAAUUGCCCUGGCUGCAAGGUUGAUCAGAUGAAGAGGCUUCGCCGUGGUUUCCCUUUCACCGAGCUUUGUUCCAUCUGGAUCAUCGUCCUCGGCACAGCUCUGCCCAUCACCUCUCUUUUCCCAUUCCUUUACUAUAUGAUUGAUGAUUUCAACAUAGCAAAGAAGGAAGAGGACAUUGGGUUCUAUGCUGGAUUUGUUGGUUGCUCUUUCAUGCUCGGAAGAACGUUGACAUCUGUCAUCUGGGGGGUUGUGGCUGAUCGUUACGGUAGAAAACCAGUAAUCCUCAUUGGAACUGCUUCAGUAGUCAUUUUCAAUACUCUGUUUGGCCUAAGUGUAAAUUUCUGGAUGGCCAUCCUCACUAGGUUUUGCCUCGGUAGUUUCAACGGUUUGCUUGUUCCUAUAAAGGCAUACGCAAUGGAAACAUUCCGUGAUGAAUAUCAUGGUUUAGCACUCUCAACUGUUAGUACAGCCUGGGGCAUUGGACUCAUCAUUGGCCCUGCUAUGGGAGGCUUUCUUGCUCAGCCUGCAAAGCAAUAUCCAAGUUUAUUCUCAGAGGAAUCAAUUUUUGGGAAAUUUCCAUACUUCUUGCCGUGCUUAGUAAUAUCUUGUUUUGCACUUUUGGUGUUCAUAAUAUCAUUGUGCAUUCCGGAAACAUUGCACAAUCACAAGAUUGAUAAUGCUGUAUCGCAUGAUGAGUCUUUUGAUGCUGGCUCUCUCCUGAAGAACUGGCCACUGAUUUCAUCUAUCUUCGUCUACUGCAUCUUUGCACUUCAUGAUAUGGCUUACACAGAGAUCUUUUCAUUGUGGGCUAACAGUCCAAGGAAAUAUGGAGGUCUGAGCUACUCAACCAAUGAUGUCGGUACAGUUCUUGCAAUCUCAGGUCUCGGCCUAUUCUGCUUUCAGGUCUUUGUUUAUCCUUUGGCCGAGAGAUUACUAGGACCUAUGCUGGUCACCCGUUUAACUGGGGCGCUAAUGAUACCAAUACAAAUGAGCUAUCCAUUUAUAGCUAAUUUAUCAGGUCUUAGUCUAAGCUUACUGUUGAACUGUGCAUCAAUUCUCAUCAAUGUUCUAAGUGUGUCUGCCAUAACCGGCUUGUUGAUCCUACAAAACAAAGCUGUGGAUCAACGUCAAAGAGGGGCGGCUAAUGGAAUUGCUAUGACUGCCAUGUCUCUCUUUAAGACCGUUGGACCAGCUGGAGCUGGCAUCUUAUUUUCUUGGAGUGAGAGGCGACCAAACGCAGCAUUUCUACCAGGAUCACAUUUGGUAUUCUUCGGACUGAAUGUGAUAGUGGUGGUCGGUGUGGCUCUCACGUUCAAGCCAUUUCUAACCACAGUUAGAAGAUGAAAGAAAUUGAUAUUUGGCGAUAGGCAAAAUGUAUGGACUCGUUGAUUAUCUUAGUUUUAGAUUUGAAUUUCACCUACAUGGUUACAAGGUUGUGUCUAAAAGUUCACAAAUAUUUUGAUCAUUUAUUUUUAAUGAAUCGCCACAAUAUAGAAAUUUUUGUAAUGAUGCAACUGGGAUCCAUCCGUGGUUUAUUGCUCGAUAAUUACAAUCGAAUCUCAGCGAUAAA